CAGAACCAUGGGAGUGUUGAUGUCCAAGCGGCAGACAGUAGAACAGGUACAAAAGGUGAGCCUGGCUGUGUCUGCCUUCAAGGAUGGGCUGCGGGAUAGGCCUUCUAUCCGACGCACGGGUGAGCUACCAGGGUCCCGCCGUGGCACCGUAGAGGGCUCCGUCCAGGAGGUACAGGAAGAGAAGGAAGCAGAGGCAGGCACCCCAGUGGCCCAGGAAGAGAUCAGUGUCAACCGUGCAGCCUGGGAGCGGCUCCGAGAUGGACGUGGAGUGGAGCCAGAAGAGUUUGACAGGACCAGUCGUUUCACGCCCCCUGCCUUCAUCCGCCCCACCCGGAAACUGGAUGAUGACAAGCCUCCAGAUAUCUCCUUGGAGCCCAAAGAACCUGUUGUCAACGAUGAGAUGUGUGAUGUCUGUGAGGUAUGGACGGCUGAGAGCCUCUUCCCGUGCAGGGUCUGCACCAGGGUCUUCCAUGAUGGCUGCCUGCGCCGCAUGGGCUACAUCCAAGGAGACGGUGCAGCAGAGAUGACCGAGAUGGCCCACACAGAAACAGGCUGGAGCUGCCACUACUGUGACAACCUUAACUUGCUGCUUACUGAGGAGGAAAUGUACAGCCUCACAGAGACCUUUCAGCAAUGUAAAGUCAUCCCUGACUGCUCCUUGACGCUGGAGGACUUCCUGCGCUACCGCCACCAAGCAGCCAAGCGCGGGGACACCAACAGGGCCCUGAGUGAAGAGCAAGAGGAGCAGGCAGCCCGCCAGUUUGCAGCCCUGGACCCUGAACACCGAGGCCAUGUAGAAUGGCCUGACUUCUUGUCACACGAGUCCCUUCUGCUUCUGCAGCAAUUGCGUCCCCAGAACUCUCUGUUGAGGCUUCUGACAGUCAAGGAGCGAGAACGAGCCCGAGCCACCUUCCUGGCACUGGGCAGUGGAAGCACCAUCAGUGAGGCAGAAUGCCGCCGUGCCCAGCACUCUUGGUUCUGCAAACGCCUGGCAGAGGCUCCUUCCUGCAGCGUCAGCAGUAUUAGCCACGUGGGUCCCAUAGCAGACAGCAGCCCAGCCAGCAGCAGCAGCAAGAGUCAGGAAAAGGCCCUGCUGCCUGCAGAGGAGGAGUGCAGAUUCGUGGACUGGCCUACCUUCCUACAGGAGAACGUCAUCUACAUUUUGGCUGCUCGCCCCAACAGUGCAGCCAUUCACCUGAAACCCCCAGGAUAGCGUGGAGCAGGGAAGCAGUUCAGAGACAGUGACAUCCUCUCCCUCUUUUCCUUUCUCCCUUCCCCCACCAACCUCUGGCACUGAGACUCAUUGGGAUGGGGCACUGCCAGCAUCUUAAGUUGUCACUGAAGUCACCGUUCUCACAGCAGAAGCAGUAGCUGUGUUGCCAUAGGGAGAUGCCCUGGGGGCUGUGGCAGCAUCUGCUCCUGGACCACCCCCUGUCCUCAGCCCUCACAUCAGAGACUGAUCAUGCCACUACACACAUAUGUGUGUACACAUGCAUAUAAGUACAUGCCCACACCUAGCUGUCCCUUCAUGGAGUCCCUGGUAUAAACAAGGAGGUCUCUACCCACCCCUUCUAUUGGCCAGUUCUGAUUUUCAAUAUACACAUCUCUGGCCAAGUGAUUCUGUCAAUAAGGGGGCAUAGCAGACUCACAUGCCUUCUUGGAAAUGCUAACUGGCCUCCUCUACCCUUCAGUGGUGAGUCACUGUCACUAGUAGGUGUGUACUGUGAACCUCAGGGGUGCUGAGGUGGGAAAAUAGUUGAAAACCACGACUUCAGGUUAGCCUGUUAUUUAUUUAAACUUCAACUCCUGGUGACAGAGAAGGCAACUACCCUGUAGAAUCCUGAUGGGAAAAGGGGGAGGUAACCCCUGCCAAAGACUCGAAAUUCUAGGACUCUCUCAGCCAAGUCACCCAGAUCCAAAAGUCUUCAGCAGAACAGUGGAAAAAAAAACAAGGUGAGACUUUCCGGACUCUAUUUUUCAGAUAGCUUAUGGCUCAGAGCCCAGCAGUCCUGAAUGGAACAAACAUUCUGAACAGAUAUACAGCACUCUGCAUUAGAUGCUUCACCAAGAGAGACCAAUGGAGACAGGGUCUGCAUGGAAGAGGGAGGAGAGGGCUCUUUUCCAUGGUUCCAGCUCAACUCCACUGUAGACGAAAAACUAUGCCAUCAUGUGGAGAACAGAGCCAACUUCUUCCACAGCCCAAGAAAGAGCUGCUCUGAGUAGGGACUCCUUUCAGUCACCCUGACUAGGGGUCUGGGGCUUAAGAAGAGGAUUUGCAUCUCAGCUGUCAAGCAGAGAAGGUCGUGCUAAAGCCUCACACAAGGCAAAGGUUGGUCCUUCUCCACCAGUGAGAUGAAGCCCAAGUUGCUGCUUUUCCCCACUGCUUGCUUUAGGUCCUUCCCCACCAGGUUGAGGCCUGGACUUGGCAAAAGAGGACUUUGUGGGAAAACAGAGGCUGCCACAAGGACACUAAGCCUGGCCUCCAAGCCCCAGCCCCAUUUCCUAAGUGCUCAAGUUAAGUAGGCCUGUGUCGUGGGUCAGCACUGACCCUGGGGUCCAGGUUCUGUGUUUCUCUUUUUAACCUUACAACUUACAUGUAGCCAGGUAUGACUACCAAGAAUUAUUCAAGUGGAGGCAGAGCUCAGUCAUGCAGAAACUAACAUGCCUCCAUUGCUCAAGGCACUUAAACUAAAGUGGAUGCUUACAGAAGGAGCAUACCACUCAGUGUUGAGAUGCUCAGAGAAGAGCUUAGAAGAGCCCUGAAUAGUCUCUCCUGUAGAACUGCCUGACCUAGUAGUAGGGUGAUAAGCUGCUGUGGUUACAUUUUUUAGGACUGAAGUGAAGCAGACAGGAGACAAAUCUGGGUUCAUAUGUAUGGCCCUGGACAUUUCAAAACCCACAGCCGGACCAGCCUGGUGUUAAGGCAGCCGGAUCCUGACAUUGAGGUUCAACUCCUGGACCUAGUGGCAUGAGAAAUAUGCUG